AUGGGGCAAACAUGGCCAUCACAAAUCCGAAUCGUCAUCAUAGUGAUAGUUACAGUGAAAGCGAAAGCGAAAGCAACUUUUGGAACAACUAUUGGAACAACUACUGGCACGACUAUUGGAAGACGAAGAUGGGACCCCAAUCGCAAAACCAGAAUGGUUUUGCGAUUGGCGUAUACAAGGGAAAGUGAAGUCCGCAUGGGCACUUUGAAAGGCGUCCCGAAUUGGAUGCUCGACAAUGUCAAGACUGCCAAUGAGCUUGAUGACGACGAUGAUGAAGACUCCCACGAUGCAUCCGAUUUUGUCCAAGACAUGCGUCACUGCGUUGACAAAGCCAUGUCAACUGCCAAUGACAAAGACUCUUCCUUGAAUUUUGCUUUCUCAUGCAAAGCCCCACCUGUCAUUGUCAUUGCAAUUCAUAAUAUCAGUGAACAGUUUGGCCAUAGACGACCUCCGAGUACAUCUGCAACACUACCAAUGACUCCAGAUUUUGUGAAGAAGAUUGAGCGGUACUAUGAGAUAUUUCCCCAAGGCUCAUGUCAGUUUGAGUUUCCCAAAGACUUGAAUAAAGACCCAAGUCCAAACUAUCAUCAACUGGAAGGGCAGAAGAUUAUCUAUUUGGAUUGGAAUCUGUGCCAUCCUGAUGUGAUACUGCCAUGUCCAGUCUGUGCAUACAAUGUGCGCAAUGGCGGUGCUGCAUCACACUCUGACUCAUUCUUGGUGCACACACGCUGCAAUUUUCGGAAGAACCAAGGAAGUCUCUUUCCAAUAUGGAACUUCGAUGGCUCGAUUACUUGGUGUGCAGUCAUGGUUUACCAAUGUCAACAUUGUGAGGAAAACGUCAGUGGUAAUGAUGGCCGUCUACUCAAUAUGCUGCCGCCCCAUGUUUCAGCAACAUAUCCUGUAUUGCCCAAGUAUGCUUGCGGUGGAUUUCACUUACACAAGGAUGCAAGCAGAUUCUUAGAGUCCAUGAUGAAGACAUAUGGAAAUGGGGACAUGGUCAGCAAUUUGCUGCAACAAUCUGUUGGUAUCCACUAUACCCAGAAGGCAGUAUCAUACCUGAGCAAGCAUCCUAGUCGCCCUUUCAUGAAGUUGGAAGAGUUCACAAACGGCAAUUGGCCUCCCAGUGGAGCUACACUGCGACGACUCUUCGAGAGUGCAGAAUACUCUCCUCUCAACAUUUAUGGAUACUCUAAUUUUGAGCGGUACACUCGAGAAUGUCAAAGUGUGACAGUGGUGGAAACGGAAUCCAUUGCAACGGACCACACCUUCCAAGUCACCAAUGCCUAUGGUAACAAGGAAGGGAUGAAAGCAAUGUUCACCUGCAUCAAAGCGCCGUCAAAGGAGAUGGUCGCAAUAGUAGGGGUGCCCUCUACAAAACUCCAAGAUGCCGCACAUUGCUUGAAGCAGAGCUGUAUCAAACGUGGAAUGAAGCCGUCGGUUAUCUCAACUGACACGAUGCCACAUGGAGAAGAGUUUUGGAAGGAACUCUAUGGAGAAGAUAUACAUUGUCAACUGGGUCUUUUCCACUUACUCACAAGAAUAUAUAGCACCUUGGAUCGCCGUUCCAAUCUCUUUGGGGAGUGCUUGCUUGCAUUGAAAGAAUGCAUCUAUAGAUAUGAUCCGGCAGAUUUGAAGAAUGUGAGGGAAGCGCUCAAGGCUGGAACUCUUUCAAACGAAGGGAAACAGUACACAGAUGCAGAAAUUGAUGAUAUGCAACGCACCAAAGUUUUCUCUCGCCGUUAUUCCAAGUACCUGAAGAAAGAGUUCCACAGUGCAGUUCAAAUUCAAUCCAAUCUUGCUGCUUGGAUUGAGAAUUGGGAUCAUGAGGAGGACGAUUUCCAGAGACCUGUUUUUACUUAUAAGACAGCAGAUGCUACAACGAACCAGUAUGACAAGAUUAGCUAUGUACUUGACUGCAUGAGAGCUGAAACCUACACUGCAAUCCCGGCACCACCAGGUUCAAAACAUGGGCUUCCAACAUUCAAAAGCAACCGCCCCGAAUCCAUGUUGGAGAAGUUCCAUGAAUUGUUGGCCCACUACUGCAAUAUUGGGUGUGGCGAUGAAUUUGCAAAUGCUAUAAUAAUGAAAGGAUGGGCGGAGUACAAUGUCACUGCAAGACACCGCUACUACUGCAUGAGAAAGCGAUCUGCAAACCAACUUGAACAACUUCGAGCGCUUGAUAUAACUCCUACGUUCCUUGACCAUUCUUUGUUACACUGCAUCAAUGAACAGUCACGGGAUCUUGGACAUGGUGAUCUGUUUAGCAACUAUGAGAAACCACCCAGUAAGAACAACGGUGAAGUAUUCCUCAAGAACUACUUCAACCAACAGGUGGAACGGAACAAGAACCAAUUGUUUGACAAAGACUCAAAACAGUGCACUUGCAAUGAAUGCAAGAUCCCAGCUGGGCCUCCUACAGAGAUUCCUGCAGUGCCUGCAGCUGUUGUUGAAGAUAACAACUCUCGUCUACUCACUUGUCAACUCACUUGUCAAAUGGACUUGAUGGCACUUGAUGGGACUUCUACUGCCACCAAUGCAGUGACAGAAACGCCUCCAAUGCAGGUAGACCCACCAAGGCGUCGACAAACCUUUGGAUACUGUUUUCCUUUCCAUCCAUACCGGUGCGAUGAUCUCCAAAAUUAUGUCAAGAGAAGACAAGCUGGCGAGAUGGUACGUGGAAGACCACCACACAGUUUCAACUGUCCUACUAAGUCAAUGUUGAAGGGCUGGGCUCCAGUUGAUUGA